UCAGCUGCAAACAUGUCGGAACCACCAGGAGUAGGACGUCGCGUAAAAUUUCCCUACACCUACACCGCAAAGAUAGUGCAGUUCCCGUACCAGCACUACGUCAAGAAUCAGUGGAUCUGGAGGUUCUACUUUAUCGCGUUCGGUUUGUCACUGCCACUGUUCUACAAGCUCCAUAGUCUGGCCAACAUGCCCGCCAACAAGGAGAAAUGGGCCGAAUCGAAACGGAAGCAAAUGGAGGAUCACCACUAA